GAUAUUUUUCUUGUAGUUUUAGUAGCCACCGAGUUUGCAUCUAAUCGGAAGGUUGAGUGGGCUUUGAUUUGUAUUUGCAUUGCGAGAUAAAAGAAAGGUGAAGCUGGGAGAACAUUUUUUUUCUGCCAAAAUAAAACAAAAUUCAAAGGAAACUUUUAACAGACAACCGUGAACCCGUGCAAGAAAUUUGAGGUGGAUAGUGCCGUGUGUCUUAUUUGAAUAAAUUGUGUCAAUUUUUUAUACAAUGAAAAUGGAAAAAGUUAAACGUUUGCCCUGUUCUGAGAAUUGCCAAAGACGGACUAGAAAUUCUAACGAGAAAUAUAAAACUAAUAGUAAAUCGAUAAUGCUUAAACAUAAUCGAAAUGUGAAAUCCAUUGAAAAUGAAAAAUCAAUGGGAUGUCCCCGUUUUGGUGGUAUCCAAAUUAACGCCCCCUCACCCACCAAUUUAACCAUCUCACCAGGGAUAUCAACAAAAAACCCGGUCAAUAUUGUUAUUUCCACGUUCUCUUCUGAAUUGUCGUCAAAGAAUUUUUUGCGUCGUCUUUGUUUUUCACCUCUACUUGUGUACGCAUUGAUUUUCUUAGUCUUUACGAGCACUUUUAGUUUUGGAAGUUGUUCCGUUAGUAGCGCUGGUGAUUCAUUAAUAAAUCAAGCUCACACAAGUGUGGAGGAUCCAACAACAACCACAUCAUCAACAAAAAUUCUAAAUGCAUUGAACAACAAAAACAUCAACAACAAUCCGAAGCUGAAUGAUACUCACAAUUUACUGUUGCCCAAAUCAGCUGAAUCACAAAUCAGACCCUACUCCUCGCCACUAAUUAUCACUGGCUUCCGUUUGGAGUCUUCCAAACAUGAAGUCGAAUAUGAUGAUGGUAUACCCAGUGUUAUGAGUGAAUCAGUUUUUACUAUAAGAAUUUUUGGCUUGGGCAUUACUGAAAAUACUGUGAUAGCUUUUACAACUGAAGUCAAGGAUGCCGGUACUUAUUGCCAGUUUCCGGCAACAUUAUUGCACAAAGUUAUUAAUGGCACCGUCACGGGCAAUACGGCACUCUAUGAGGCAUCCUUACCGAAGGGCAAAAAGGAUUUUUACAUAUGUGCUAAGAAUGAUGUCAAUGCUUUUCGAGAUGAGGACGUAGAAAAUCCAAUACCCCUUCUUCAUCAAUGCAAAGAUUCGUGGUGUAUUGUACGCAGCCAUGAAAGUUUAUUGCCGCUUUGGGUUUCCAUAGUUAUUAUUUUGAUAUGCUUAUGUUUCUCGGCUCUAUUUUCGGGCUUAAAUUUAGGUCUUAUGGCUUUGGAUCGAACCGAGUUAAAGAUUUUACGCAAUACUGGCUCGGACAAGGAGCGUGAAUAUGCGAAGAAAAUCCAACCAGUUAGAGAUCAAGGUAAUUACCUGUUGUGCAGUAUCUUGUUGGGUAAUGUGUUGGUUAACUCGACAUUUACCAUUCUCUUGGAUGGUUUAACUUCCGGCCUAAUUGCUGUCGUUUUCUCUACCCUUGCCAUCGUCAUUUUUGGUGAAAUUACACCACAGGCCAUAUGCUCAAGACAUGGUUUGGCUGUUGGUGCAAAAACGAUUUUAAUUACUAAAUUCAUUAUGCUGGUCACUUUUCCGUUGUCCUAUCCCACAUCGAAAAUAUUGGACGUGUUAUUAGGCGAAGAAAUUGGAAAUGUCUAUAACCGUGAACGCCUUAAGGAAUUGGUUAAGGUCACUACUGGCAUUAAUGAUUUGGACAAAAAUGAAGUUAAUAUUAUUUCUGGUGCACUAGAGUUGCGUAAGAAAACUGUAGCCGAUGUAAUGACACACAUCGAUGAUGCUUUUAUGUUGCCCUUGGAUGCUACAUUGGACUUUGAAACUGUCUCAGAAAUUAUGAAAUCUGGAUUCUCUCGCAUACCAGUUUACGAUGGCGACCGCAAAAAUAUUAUCACCCUAUUGUACAUAAAAGAUUUAGCCUUCGUUGAUCCGGAUGAUAAUACUCCAUUAAAGACGUUGUGUGAAUUCUAUCAGAAUCCUGUUCAUUUUGUAUUUGAAGAUUAUACACUAGACGUUAUGUUUAAUCAGUUCAAAGAUGGUACAAUCGGGCAUUUAGCCUUCGUGCAUCGUGUUAACAAUGAAGGCGAUGGUGAUCCAUUCUAUGAGACAAUUGGUUUGGUAACUUUGGAAGAUGUUAUCGAAGAAUUAAUUCAGGCAGAAAUUGUGGACGAAACAGAUGUCUUUGUUGAUAAUCGUACUAAAGUAAAGCGUAAUCGCAAUAAAAAACAAGAUUUCACAGUUUUUGCCGAACGACGAGAAAACCAAACAAUACGCAUAUCGCCACAAUUGACUCUGGCAACAUACCAAUUCUUAAGUACUUCUAUUGACGCUUUUAAAAAAGAACUAAUAUCUGAACAAAUAUUAAGACGUCUUCUAAAUCAAGACAUAGUUCACAGUAUUAAAUGCAAGGGCAAGGAAAAAGAUGAUCCUUCCCUUUUCAUCUUCCAACAAAACAAAGCGGUUGACUUCUUUGUACUUAUAUUGGAAGGUCGUGUUGAGGUCACUGUUGGCAAAGAGUCUUUACUUUUUGAAAGUGGCCCGUUCACCUACUUUGGUACUCAAGCAUUAGUAUCUAAUGUUGUUGUAGAUUCUCCCUCUCAAAUGGGAUCAUUGCAGUCGUUGACACUAGAUUCCAAAGUUCGUCAGACAUUUGUCCCUGAUUAUUCAGUUCGUGCCGUUACAGAUGUCAUUUAUAUUGCCAUCAAACGAAACUUAUAUUUAACAGCUAAAAAAGCAACUCUACUGGAGAAGUCUCGAAAAUCUGGUGCUGAGCCUAGUACAGCUGAAUUUGAUGAUGAAGUGGAAAAGCUAUUGCACUCCAUACAUGAAGACGAUAGACCACAUCAUAUACGCAGCAAUCAAAGUAUACGCAAAGGAUCUACGGCAGUGGGUAGCAAUACAGCUUCGCCAUCUUUUAAUGACUUUUCUUCACAACACAGUCGUAGUAUACUAGCAGCACCUAAUCAACCGAUUUCUGGAAGUAAUAGUGGCGAUAUUAACGAUGCUGUUUCAUUGAGUAGUCUAAUGACUUCUGAAGCGGCCGCUGCAGAUUUCCAUAAUGCGGCAGUCCGAAGAAGCAGUACAGGCGAUAAUGCAAGCCACGCCAAUAACUGUGAAAAGGUUAAUAACAACAAUGAUGUAGUGACUACGCCGUUGUUGCCCAAAACUAACAAUUCUAAUGCAAAAUAACAACGAGCUUUUUAACAGUACCGGUUGCUGUUAACCACACUUCCUAA